AUGGAAAUAGUACAUCGGGAUAUAAAAUGUGAAAAUAUUCUUAUUACUGAGAAUUAUAACAUCAAGUUAACAGAUUUAAGUUUUUCAAAAUUUGUAAGUUCCAAAAGACUGAACUGUAGUACUUAUUGUUGUUCAUUGAGUUAUGCACCACCAGAAAUAUUGAUUACACGUCCAUAUGAUGGUAAAACAUCUGACAUAUGGUCACUUGGAGUGGUAUUAUAUGUCAUGCUUAACAAGAAAAUACCUUUCAACAGAAAAAACAUGAAGUUAAUGUACCAGCAACAAGUCAAACGAGAUUGGGAACAUCGAUCCUCCGUAGAGAAAAUAAUAAGUGAGAAUGUGAAAUUGUGUAUAGACAAUCUUUUACAACCAGAGCCUAGAAAGCGUUGGACAAUUGAUCAAAUAUUGGAUAGUGAUUGGAUAAAAAUGGAUCGUAGAUUGGUUAACAUGACUGAACAAGAGUCACUUGCCCUUGUUGAAGUGCCAAACCAAAAAAAUAACCAAAAAAAACACUUAAAAAAGAUAAAAGCAGAUAGGUCAGACACUCAACAGAUAUUGGGCAAGAGAUCUAAAAAUUUUUUAGUAUAG